AUGGGCGUCAAAGUCAGACAGCUUUCUGUCUUGCUGGCAGCCCGCAUAGUCGAGCCUCUGAGCUACACUAUCCUGUUCCCCUUUGUCAAUCGCAUGGUCGAGGACAUUCUCCCAAAUGUCCCCAAGUCAAGCGUCGGCAAAUAUUCUGGUAUCAUUGAGAGCAUCUUCGCCUUCUCUUCGGUGCUCUUCAUGUACCAAUGGGGCAGACUGAGCGACAGGAUAGGACGCAAGCCGGUCAUCUUGGCCGGGCUUUGUGGCUUGGGAUUCAGUCUGUGUAUGCUUGGGUUAAGCAAGAGCUUUUGGUGGGCUUUGGGUGCCCGGGCUUUGUGCGGCGCUUUGUGUGGUAAUGCCUCGGUCAUGCGAGCAGUGUUGGGAGAUAUAACACCCAAGAAAGACGAAGGCUGGGUUUACCCGCUCUGGACGAUCGGCUGGGACUUGUCUUGCGUGAUAGGACCUGCCCUCGGCGCUCUGCUGCAAAACCCUGCUUCUCAGUAUCCAAGCUCUUGGAUAGGACAGAUCAAGUUUUUGGAAAAGUAUCCUUACUUUUUGCCUUGCGCUUUCAUAUCGGCAUUGUCCUUUCUAUCAUUCUUCUUGGUCUUGUUCUGUCUGGAAGAGAGGUACCUCCCGACUCUCUCAACGCGCCAGCCCCGGUGCACAGCUUCCUCCAGCUUCUUGCCCUCCCCAAGGUCCGCCAAGUGCUCGUCUCCGUCUUCCGUACGUCCCUCUCCACUCCCCAAACCUUCACUAACUUUCAUCACAGUCAUCACUUUGACAGCAAUGUCCUUCGAUGCCGGCUUCGUCCUAUUCACCUACUCGCCUAUCCCCCUCGGCGGCAUCGCCCUCUCCCCAUCGUCCAUUGCCCUCUGUCUUUCCAUCAAAGGCUUCAUCUCCAUCGCAUUCAGCUUGCUCCUCUUCCCCCUUGCUCAACGCAGAUUCGGUAUGCGGCCGCUCUAUCGGCUGUUUGCAGCCUGCUGGGUAGGCAUCUUUGCGAUACCACCACUUAUGAAUGUGCUUGCAGCCGGGAAUGAAAGUGGGGCAUGGGUGGAAAACGGAACCUUGAAGGGUUUGUGGUUUUUGAUGGGGCCUCUGGUGAUCUUGUAUGUGUUUGGUGAUUUGUGUUUCCCGUUGAAUAUGAUGGCCCUCAACGCCGCUGCUCCUUCGCCUUCGUCACUCGGCGCUCUCAAUGGCAUCUCGCUCAUUGUGAGCGCACUGGCGAGGACGAUGGGGCCUGCCACAUUCGGGCAAGUCUUUUCUGAUCUCUCUUGA